GCGUCUCUCCGUCAAGAUUAAUAUUGUCCUUGACCCACAAUUUUAACAUGUUUCUUCUACAAACUGUCACAUAGAGGUGAUAAUUUAAAUGGCCUCAUUUAGACGAAGAAGCAGUAGUUUCUUUCGCGCAUUUAAAGAUGCAGAUGAUGUCGAUGUUUAUGCUAUGGACAGAGGGGCCACUGCGGCAGCCCAGAAUCGCUGGCAUUUCGAGUGUGCAUGGGAAGUUGCAAAUAAAGUCGGGGGUAUUUAUACUGUCAUCAAGUCCAAGGCACCAGUAAGCACAGAUGAACUUGGUGAACAGUAUUGUCUGAUUGGACCGUACAAUGAGUCUUGUGUGCGGACUGAGGUGGAGCUACUUGAACCACAUCAUCACGUCAUGAAGACAGUCCUAGAAGAAAUGAGAUCUCAGGGAAUCAAGGUCUAUUUCGGACGUUGGCUAAUAGAUGGUUACCCUAAGCUGAUUCUUUUUGACAUUGGGUCAGCAGCCUGGAAGCUGGAUGAGUUUAAACAUGAGCUCUGGGAGAAGAGUCACAUUGGAAUCCCUUUGCAUGACUCUGAGGCUAAUGAUGCGCUCAUCCUUGGGAAUCUGACAGCUUGGUUCGUUACUAGCUUUCGCAACAAAUUGGAAGGGAAACCUUACAUUUUACUUCACUGCCAUGAAUGGCUGGCAGGAGUGUCACUGAUUCUGUUGAGAAUGCGAAAAGUGGAUGUGGCCACCAUGUUUACAACACAUGCUACUUUGCUGGGAAGAUAUCUUUGCGCUGGAAAUUUGGACUUUUAUAAUAAUCUAGAUAAGUUUGUGCUGGACAAGGAGGCAGGGGAUCGUCAGAUCUACCACCGCUACUGCAUGGAGCGUGCUGCAGCCCACACCUCACACGUCUUCACCACUGUGUCCGAAAUCACGGGUGUAGAGGCAGAAUUUCUCCUUAAGAGAAAACCUGAUGUUAUAACCCCAAAUGGUUUAAAUGUGAAGAAGUUUAGUGCUAUUCACGAGUUUCAAAACCUUCAUGCUAUCUACAAGGAAAAAAUUCAUGACUUUGUGAAGGGGCAUUUUUAUGGACACUAUGACUUUGACCUGGACAAAACACUAUACAUAUUUUCUGCAGGCAGAUACGAAUUUUCAAACAAAGGUGCAGAUCUAUUUAUUGAGUCUCUAGCUAGACUCAAUCAUUUUCUGAAGACUGCCAACAGUGAGAUGACUGUGAUAGCAUUCCUGAUCUUCCCAGCACGAACAAACAACUUCAACAUUGAAUCACUGCGCGGUCAGGCCAUUGCAAAGCAGCUUAGAGACACUGUCAGCCAUAUUCAGGGGCAGAUUGGGAAACGAAUUUUUGAAAAAUCUCUCAGGGGAGAAAUUCCUACUGGUGAGGACAUUUUAGUCCAAGAGGAUGUUGUGAAAUUGAAGAGAUGCAUAUUUUCUGCACAGAGGAACACACUUCCUCCUAUCUGCACCCAUAACGUGAUAGACGACCACAAGGACCCCAUCCUGAACGCCCUUCGCAAGUGCCAGCUCUUCAAUAACAGGCAUGACAGGGUCAAGAUCAUUUUCCACCCUGAGUUCCUGGCUUCCACCAACCCUCUCUUUGGCCUUGAUUAUGAGGAAUUUGUACGUGGCUGCCAUCUUGGAGUGUUUCCAUCUUACUACGAGCCUUGGGGCUACACGCCAGCCGAGUGCACAGUGAUGGGUAUUCCAAGCAUGACCAGCAACCUGUCAGGGUUUGGUUGCUUCAUGCAGGAACAUGUGGCAGAUGCCAAGUCCUACGGCAUCUACAUCAUAGACAGGCGCUUCCAGUCAGCUGAUGACUCUGCACAACAACUUGCCCAGUACAUGUUUGACUUCACGUGCCUGUCAAGACGUCAGAGGAUCAUUCAGAGAAACAGGACAGAGCGGCUCAGUGAAUUGUUGGACUGGAAAAACCUUGGAGUGUACUAUAGGAAGGCCAGAAGCAUUGCUCUUGUACGAUCCUUCCCUGAGAGCUUCUCAGAAGCUAACCUAAUGCCAAAGAAGAUGAUGUACCCCAAGCCUGCUUCCGAGCCUCCGUCUCCUUCGCAGUCGCGCAGUUCCACGCCGGCCAUGUCUGAUGAGGAGAGCAAGCCAGUCAAGUUUGAUGAUGAGGACAAUCCUACAGACGAUGAUGAAGAGUUUUAAUCAAAAGGUGGAACUUUGGGACACAGUCUAAAGCAAAAAUCUUAUAUGCAUAUGUCUUUUUUUAUGCCCCCGGUAGUGUGGCAUAUAGCAGUUGAACUGUUCGUCUGUCAGUCCGUCCGAAAACUUUAACAAUUGCCAUAACUUUUGCAAUAUUGAAGAUAGCAACUUGAUAUUUGGCAUGCAUAUGUAUCUCAUGGAGCUGCACAUUUUGAGUGGUGAAAGGUUAAGGUCAUCCUUCAAGGUCAAAGGUCAAACAACUUAAUUGAAGGGAAGUAACAUGCUUUAAAAGGAGAUAAUUUCUAUUUUUAGUGUGAGCGUUAGCUCAUACUAAAGUAGAGAGGCAGUUUUGCAAAUCAGUCUGCUUUAACUACGCUAGGGACGACAACUGCAGCUAGUAAUGAUAACCAUUGCCUGUUAAUACUUAACCACUGGUACACUGAAGCAGACAGCAUGUAUAAGGUUUAAGAGCUUGUUCAACGAUAUUGGCCAGUCUAGUGUUUAUAACAGCUUGUGCGACGACAUUUGCCAGUUUAUCAUUGAAAUCUGUACAUAUUGGCUGCUUUUAGGGAAAACGGGGCUUAAUGCUGCAUUUAAAGUCUGUCAUGUUGGCAAAAUUGUGAUCAAUAAUUUAAAGAAAAUAGAUAGAGUAUUAGAUACACAUAACACAACAUGUACAUGAUUAUAAUCUUGUUAUUUUUUAGCAAGGUUAACAAAAUUCUAAAGAUGGUUGCCAGUGCAGCAACCAAUUGCGAAAAAAGAGACAUAUUGUUGUUAUUUUGUCUAAGUCAUCUCUAUGAUAUAAAUAUGAGGAUAAACAGUGCACACACAUCUUGACCUGUGCUUGACACACUCUUUAUAAAUUUGAAUGGGUUAUGUUCAUUUCAAACUUGCGAUAUAAAAAGCUAUAACAUAAUUUUGAAAACUGAAGUGCGUCUAAGAUUAUGCAAUAGCGAACAACUUCAGUGCCUUCAGCGCUUUGAUAUAUCAUUUGGCAGGUACAGAUCAUUUUCACAAGGGAAGUAAUAUUUUUUAAAGGGAUAUAAUAACAAAAAAAUUCAAAGCGGCGUAGUAGGGGGGAUUGUGUUUCUGACAAACAAAUCUCUUGUUGUUUUUUAACAAAUCAGAUACGGACACCAUCUUGGUUCACCAUUUUUAUCAUGUUGAUAUGAAAGUUAAUUGUGUUAACUGUGAUUUCAAUAAUAUAGAAAAACUUAGUUGGGUCUUGCAGAAAAAAUGCUUUUAUGUAUCAGGAUCAAAUAUAUAUUUUGUACAGGUGCCUAAUUGUUAUGUUGCAGAAUGAUUUAAUUUGCUACUUUGUCAUGGAUUAAACUUGUAACCCAUACGUGGAAUUAAACUGCAUUGUUUUAACAAUAUAUAAAUUGCAUAUUUGUGUUGGCAUCACUUCCUUUGGUGUUUUGUAUAUCAAGCUUAAAAACAGUCUAUUUUGAAAAGUUUUCCAUAUGAUUCGAAUGUUUUUAAAAGAUACCAUUGAGAUUUAAUUUAGUGUAUUAUGUUGAUACCUGUUACAUUGAAUAUGUAAACAUGUGUACUGUGAGAUCUGUGUGUAUUAAUAUAUGUGUCAUUGUAUUGUUACAUUAUUAUAUAGAUUGAGUGCUAUUUUUACAUGUAUGUGUUUACUUUGUGUUUUUGCCUGUAGAAAAUGUGUGAUUUUGUUGAUCAUUUAUUUUAUUUAAAUCUCUGCAUAUGUUGACACUUGUGUAGUAGAUUAAGUAGCCUGGAUUUUUGUGUUGUGUGGUUAGGCAACUGGACUGGUCGUAAAGCGGGAAAUGUACAUACACUUAAGUGAUCCAUAAAACCAUUGCAUGUCAAACUUUUUUCUUUUUUUUUAAUGAUUUGUUUUUGCUUUAAAGAGGAGUUUUAUUUUGUAUUAUUCUAAACUGUAUGAGAAAACAACAACAAAGUACCUUAACAGUACGUUAUGCAUAAAUUAAUAGCUGGAGAUGUGGUGUAGCAAAUAUUUUACAGUUUUGUUUUUCAAUUAAGCUUGUUAUUUGUAUACUUUUUAUUCAGCUCACAUUGAGAACUAUGAUUGUUUAAUAUUUUGUUUGACCCAUUGCGGAAAAGAAGGCAUAUAGCAGUUGCACUGUAUGACUGUUGGGAUUUCCAUCUGAAAAUUCCUGUCUCAGCCAUUACUUCACCAUAUAUUGAUGCAAUCUCAGAUAACUUGGCAACGAUGUAAACUAUCAUUAGAAAACUUGCAGCAUGUAACACCCACCCCCUUCCUCAUAGGUCAAUGCCACACUUAAAGGUCUGAUGUCACAUUUGAAAUCUCUUUCUCAGCCAUAACCUUGCCAUUUAUUGAUGUUUUUUUUAAAGAGUAAACUAUCAUAAGAAGUGUUAUGUAUAGCACCUGUUUUCUUACGUCAAAGACCAAUGUAACAAUAAAACAAUUCAAAGGUCAAAUUUGAAAAAAGUGGAAUGUGGGGGCAUUUGUGUCAUAUUGAAACUUUUUUUCUCCAUUUAAUUUGUGAUUUACAUUUAAAUUGUUAGACUCUAAUGAUUAAAUCUUAAUUGUCAUAAGUAUGUAUAAAAAGUAUCAGCCCUGAGACAGAGCCAAUUCUUACUCAUUUGGGCUGGAGCAAGCCUUUAUAAUGUUAAGCAAAGUGUAUUUGUCAAAUAAGUAAUCAUUAGUCAAGAAAACUCUUAACAAGUUCCACUUAAGACCUCAUUAUGUUUGCUCUGUCAUAAGUUGAAUAUUUAAUAUAGAAAAUGCAUGUAAGUUAAACAAACUGACUCCUUCAAUUAACGCAAUUGGUGUUAAAUGUGGAGCGUUCUCACUUCUCCUAUGAUACCAUGUAUUGGAACUUGGAACACACUUGAAAGUGUGUCAAUGAGCCAAAGGCUUUUUUUUAUAAUGGAGCUGAAGGUUGAAACUUUCUGGUAAUCUGCAUUGAUUUGCCAAGAUAUUAUUAUAUUUUUCUUUAUUUAUUGAACACAGCAAAUAUAAGAAAUAUGAAAAUACUGUGUGAUAAAUACGACAGAAGUUAGCACAAUAAUUCAAAGCUCUUUCUUAUCAUAUUAUGUUUGAUGCUUAUCUAUGUCUUUUUCUAGUUUUACUGUACUUGAUUAUACAAAUAGAUGUGUACACUUGCUCACCUCAUGUGACAUUUGAACUUGUAUGUUUCAGUCAGACUAUUACCUCACAUUUAAUUAUUGUAUAGUGUCAAAAAAGCAGCUUUUCAUGUCUUUGAAAACUACUCUUGAGUCUAGAACUGUCUUAAUGUUUCAGAUCGUUUUGUUAAGUUUAAUCUACAUAUAGAUGCAAUCUGUUUGCAUGCCAAUCUGAUGCUUAGCAUGUAUUUUCCCUGGUCUUUAAAAAUCUCAUACUGUAUACAGUUUAUAUUAUAUUUAUCAUAAGGUUCAGUCUUAUAAUAAAAACAACAAUGUUAUUUAGUGUAUAUUAAUAUAUGACAUUAUAUUUUAUAGAUUUAUAUUUUAGUCCAGUUUACAAUUGGAGAACACCUAAUUUUCUACUUAGUUGUGUUACUACUACCAGUAUUUAUAACAUAAUAGUUCAAUCUUUAUAAGUUAUUUGACAUUUUCAUAAAUUGAAUAAUGUAGAAAUUUUGGGUUUGUAAUACAGAUGUAUAUGAGUGUAAUUGUAGGGAAAUUGCCUGAAGUGGUUGUUCAGAAGUGUGCUGGAGGGAUAUUGACCUGACUGAUUAUUCUGAAGUGCUGUUUGGAUAUUGACCUGACUGAUUAUUCUGAAGUGCUGCAGGGAUAUUGACCUGACUGAUUAUUCUGAAUUGCUGUAGGGAUAUUGACCUGGCUGAUUAUUCUGAAGUGCUGUAGGGAUAUUGACCUGACUGAUUAUUCUGAAGUGCUGCAGGGAUAUUGAAUGGCUGCUUAUUCUGAAGUGCUGCAGGGAUAUUGACCUGACUGAUUAUUCUGAAGUGCUGCAGAGAUAUUGACCUGACUGAUUAUUCUGAAAUGUUGUUGGGAUAUUGACCUGACUGAUAAUUCUGUAGUGCUGUAGGGAUAUUGACCUGACUGAUUAUUCUGAAGUGCUUCAGGGAUAUUGACCUGACUGAUUAUUCUGAAAUGUUGUUGGGAUAUUGACCUGACUGAUAAUUCUGAAGUGCUGUAGGGAUAUUGACCUGACUGAUAAUUCUGAAAUGUUGUUGGGAUAUUGACCUGACUGAUUAUUCUGAAUUGCUGUAGGGAUAUUGACCUGACUGAUUAUUCUGAAAUGUUGUUGGGAUAUUGACCUGACUGAUAAUUCUGAAAUGUUGUUGGGAUAUUGAUGUGACUGAUUAUUCUGAUUUGCUUCAGUGAUGUAUUAACUUUUGUCUAUGCAUGUUCUAGAUCUCUUGCAUAUUUUACAUUAACUUUAAUUAUUGACUUGUGAUCAAGUUAUCGCACUCAAAGUUUUGUUCUCAUUAUCUUUGUUAAAAUGAGAUACAUUUUAUGGUAAGUGUUGUAAAGCUCAUUGCCUACUUACUCUAACCUAUCGUUACACCUCUUAUUCAAAAAGUCCCUUAGCAUUACCUGACAUGAGCCUAAAUUUAAAUGAAAUGUGUAUUCUUGUAUGUGUAUUUGAUGAUUUUGGCGCAAAAAAAGAAAAUGUCUGAAAUCAAAAAGCAUCUCAAACAAAAUGUUUAAUUGUUUACCAGCCAACCAAAUAUUGUUCUUUUUUAUAUUUUAUACGUAUAUGCUAUAUAUUUUCAUUUUAAUGUAUACAAAAUGUGUGACACUGUUUGUUGCAUUGUAUUUUUUUGGAUUGUUCUGUACAUAUGUUCACCGGAGGGGACUUAUGGUUUGUGCUCUUGUGUGUCUGUUUGUCACACAUUUCUGGAUCCUGCGAUAACUUAAAAGUUCUUCAUAUUUUUUUUAUGAAACUUGAAACAUGGAUAGAUGGCAAUAUGGACAUUAUGCACGUCAUUUAAUUGUGUUCCUACAUAAAAAAUUGUUGCUAUGAACAAAUAAAAUAAUAAUUUGACAAUGGUGGAGCCGGUAGGGGACAUAUAUUGCUUGGCAAUAGUCUUGUUUUAACAAUUGGGAUCACUUCUCAAAAGUAAAGAGAUACUGAAUUUUCAGGUUCUAUCAGUAAUUGUUGCAGCUAUUGUUGUUGCCUUGUAAUAUUGCUAUGAGCCUAUGGUGCAUGACCACAUUACUGUAUCAAAAUCCUUAUGUGCUGCAAUGUAUAGUGGGGUAAUACUAGUUCACCUGUUUAGACAUAAUAAUAAGACAACUAAUUUUGUACCAGUCAAUCAACAGUAUAUAUGAGGUAAUAUGCAUAUGUUUACCCUUUUCCCCCAUAAGAAGGAAAGUGAUAAUGGCUUUUGCAACCAGCUUAAAACCAGAACAGCCAGCGAGUAACUGACAGUCUGCUCAGGUUUUAUGCUGUUUGCUGCUCAUCAAUAUGUAAGGGUUGGAUAUGAUGCCUUUUAAACUUGAAUCUAGUAAGAAAGGUCUUUAAUUAAAUUUAACUUUUUGAGGGACUAGACAUGUGUCCAAAAAACGUAUCUAAGUGGUAAUAGGUUAAACAGAUAAGAUGGCUUAUUAUUCAAGUCAACAAAAUGCGGCAAAAGAGGAAUAGUUAAAAUCAACAACUGCAUAUAAUGUAUUUAAUCGCAUCUAUUUGCUAAAAAUAAAAAAUAAAUAGUUAUAAAUGCAAACUUAAUCAAGGUGAACACAUUCCAUGUUAAAGGAAUUGUCAGUUUUAAUCGAGUCCUUUCUUAACUCUUUCUUUGAUGGAAAGAUUCAUCCCCAGCCCAUGCAGACUUCUUAACAGGUUAAUUUGGGAUGUUACUUCAAGCAUAUGCAUAAAGUAUAUUUCCCUCUACUCGCCAAACUAGUACAGUUUAAUUGCGGACAUAACUUCAAGCAUAUGCAUAAAGAAUAUUUCCCUCUACUCGCCAAACUAGUAUGUAAAAGAAAAGUGAUGUACAUAUUCUUUGCUUUUGCGCACUACAAAUUAUCAUUGGUCUGUGGCUGAUUACUCAGAAUUUCUUAAUAUAUUUGCUGAAAAAAACCUGCCCAAAAGCAUAUGAAUAACGCCACGGUGAAGAUUACUUUUAACUUAUUUUAUUACCUCUGAGUUAUCUAAGUGUCUAAGGGACAGUUUAAGUUAUGUGCUCAGGCAGCUUCGAGUGAAUUGUCCAGUUUGAUACUAAAAUUAAUGCUCUUCAAUACAUUUUGUAUGCGAGUGUUUUAUAUAGCUUCAUUUGAAAUGUUGCUUAAAAUAUAUUAUUGUUUUUAUUAUAUAUAUAUAUAUAUAUAUAUAUAUAUAUAUAUAUAUAUAUAUAUAUACUUCUUUUGACCUGCGAUGUGUGCCAUGCUUGUUUUAUCAGAAAGUUGUGUGUUUUCUGUUAUAUAGUCUUGAUUGUUAAAAAAUUUCUUAUUUGUUACCUGGAUUGUUUGUGACAAGCAUGUGGACAUAGCCAGACCCAAAUACAAUGUAUACUAAAAAAGCUAUCAAAUAUAUAAAUAUAUCUAUUGCUGUG